GUGGCGGUUCUCAUCUUGCCUCCUCGCCCGCCGGGGCGCAUGCGCGGGUUGGUAGCGGUGGUCUCUGUGUGCUCUUUACACCUCGCUCCUUUUUUCUCGGCGUCUGCGCAAGUGUGGAGUGGUUGUCUGAGGAGGCGGUUGGGCGUGUUCUGUUGGUAGUAGUUGGUUCCUGUCAACGGUGGCGGGUAGCGGUGCCCGGUCCUGACGCCUAACGGAGCCUUCGGUCUAGGCCGACUCGGCCAAAUUCGUGGUUCCGACGUGUGGAGCGCCGUGCUCUUGCCUGCUGGUGUCUCCCCUCCCCACCCCGGGGCUGCGGAGGCAGCAGCGCUUCUCUUCCUAACCGGUCCCCUUCUCCCACCGCUUCCUUCAUCCCUGCCGGGCCGUGGAGCUGCGAUGCCCUCGGACUUCAUUUCUCUGCUCAGCGCUGAUCUUGACCUCGAAUCUCCCAAAUCCCUGUACUCCAAGGAAUCUGUCUAUGACCUUCUCCCAAAGGAGCUGCAGUUACCACCUUCCACAGAAACUUCUGUAGCAUCCAUGAGCCAAACAAGUGGUGGUGAGGCAAGUUCGCCACCUCCAGCUGUAGUUGCUGCUGAUGCUUCUUCAGCUCCUUCCUCUUCCUCCAUGGGCGGUGCUUGCAGCUCCUUUACCACCUUAUCCAGUCCUACCAUUUACUAUACCUCAGUCACUGACAGCAAGGCUAUGCAAGUGGAGAGCUGCUCCUCAGCUGUGGGGGUAAGUACCAGAGGGGUAAGUGAAAAGCAGUUAACCAGUAAUGCGGUCCAGCAGCAGCAGUCAACGCCGAAGAGACACACAGUCCUGUACAUCUCGCCACCACCUGAGGACUUGCUGGACAACAGUCAGAUGUCCUGCCAGGAUGAGGGGUGUGGAUUGGAUUCAGAACAGAGCUGCAGUAUGUGGAUGGAGGAUUCACCCUCCAACUUCAGUAACAUGAGUACCAGUUCCUACAAUGAUAACACUGAGGUGCCACGUAAAUCACGCAAACGAAAUCCAAAGCAGAGGCCAGGGAUCAAACGUCGAGAUUGUGAAGAGUCCAACAUGGAUAUAUUUGAUGCCGACAGUGCCAAAGCGCCUCACUAUGUCCUUUCUCAGCUCAGCAUGGACAGCAAAGGCAACUCAAAAGCAGGAAAUGGAGCAUCAGAAAACCAGAAAGGAGCUGGAGGGAAGAAGACACCAGUGUUGUGUGGUCAGUAUCCAACUAAGAGUGAGGGGAAGGAGCUGAAGAUCGUGGUACAGCCAGAAACCCAGCACAGGGCUCGUUACCUGACUGAAGGCAGCCGAGGCUCAGUGAAAGAUCGGACACAGCAAGGCUUUCCAACUGUCAAGCUGGAAGGUCACAAUGAGCCGGUGGUGCUUCAGGUAUUUGUAGGUAAUGACUCUGGUCGAGUGAAGCCACAUGGAUUCUACCAGGCCUGCAGAGUUACUGGGAGAAACACUACUCCCUGCAAAGAAGUGGAUAUAGAGGGGACUACUGUUAUUGAGGUUGGACUGGACCCAAGCAACAGUAUGACACUUGCAGUUGAUUGCGUGGGAAUACUGAAGCUGAGAAAUGCUGAUGUUGAAGCUAGGAUAGGGAUUGCUAGCUCAAAGAAAAAGAGCACACGUGCUAGGCUGGUAUUUCGUGUUAACAUCACUCGCAAAGAUGGUUCAACUUUGACUCUUCAGACACCUUCUUCCCCGAUUUUGUGCACUCAACCAGCAGGUGUCCCAGAGAUCCUAAAGAAAAGUCUGCACAGUUGUUCAGUGAAGGGUGAAGAAGAAGUUUUUCUGAUUGGCAAGAACUUUCUAAAGGGAACAAAAGUGGUUUUCCAGGAGAAAAUUUCUGAUGAGAAUUCAUGGAAGGCAGAAGCUGAAAUAGACAUGGAAUUAUUUCAUCAGAAUCACCUUAUUGUGAAGGUGCCACCAUAUCAUAACCAGCAAAUAACCUCAGCUGUUUCUGUGGGAAUAUAUGUGGUAACCAAUGCGGGAAGAUCGCAUGAUGUGCAACCAUUUACAUACACUCCAGACACAUCUGGUACUCUGAAUGUUAAUGUGAAGAAGGAAAUCUCCAGCCCAACCCAACAUUGUUCUUUUGAAGAGGCUAUAAAAGCAGUGAAGGCCACUGGCUGUAACCUGGAGAAGGUCAACAUUCUUCCUAGUGCCUUGAUAACUCCAUUCAUGCCAAGCAGUAUGAUUAAGAAUGAAGAUGUGGCUCCAAUGGAAGUAAGUGCAGAAAAAAGAUCUCCUGUCUUCAAGGCUUCAAGUGUUGUUGGACCAGCUCAACAAACACUGGAAAACAGUAUGUCUGGAAUAUCAACUUCUACUUCUCAUUUACCUUCUGAAAAUGAAACCCAGCAACAAAUACAGACGAAGCUGUAUAAUCCAGAGACACUAAUUACUAUCCAAACACAGGACAUUUCCCAGCCUGGUAGCUUUUCAGCACUCUGUACUCCAGGUCAGCUGCAGAGCAGUGAUACAUUAUUGCAGCAAGCUGCACAGUUCCAAACAAGAGAUUCCCUAACCAGGGAAGUCUUGCAAUCAGAUGGCACAGUGGUCACUUUGUCACAAUUAACUGAUGCAUCACAACAGCAACAGUCUACACUCUCAGAACCAGCACAGGCAUUUCAGGAACAGGUUUCAUCAAGUAUUUUCUCAUCAGGAAGUGGCGUGAGUAAGUUACAGAACACUAUCCAGCAACUUCAAGCUGUAAAUUUUCCAAGAAACACUGCCACUGGCAGCAAUAGGAAUGUUGACUUGGUGCAACAGGUACUGGAAGCUCAACAGCAGUUAUCUUCUGUUUUAUUUUCUGGUUCAGACAGCAGUGAGGAUGUUCAAGAUCAGCUAAAUGCAGAUAUCUUUCAGCAAGUUAGUCAUAUACAAAAUAGUGUAAAUCCUGGGAUAUUUUCCUCAUCAGACACAGCUGUUCAUUCUAGAUCAGAGAACCUUUUGCCUGGACGAGAUGAAAAUGUUCACUUACAACCUGAAAAUGCGUUGUCCAAACAACAGCAGCAGCAGGUGAUGGAGACUUCUGCUGCAAUGGUGAUAGGAAUACAACAAAAAAUUUGCCAGUCUGCAACACAGAUGCAAUCUGAUUUGUUCUCUUCAACAACAUCAGGAAAUGGAGCCCUCCAACAGUCACCUGUUUACCAGCAGGCUUCUCACAUAAUGAGUGAGCUAUCAACAAGUGAAGACAUGCAAAUGCAGUGUGAAUUAUUCUCUUCAUCUCCUGGUGUUUCUGGAAGUGAGACUCAGCAGCAGGUCUCCAACAAUGGGUGUACUAUGUUUCAGGCCACAAAUUCUGCAGGUGGCGAAGAAGAUUCAGAACAGAGUGAACAGAUGCAAAGUACUGUAUUUCAGACCAUGGUUCAAAUACAGCAUAGUGGAGAAAGUCAAUCUCAAGUUAAUCUCUUUUCAUCUACUGAAAACAUGAUGGCUGUUCAGGCAAAUGGAACUCAGCAACAAGGAGGUGGUCUGUUCCAGCAGGGCAGAGAAAUCAUGUCUGUUCAGUCAGGAAGCUUUAUGCAGCAGUCUCCACAUUCUCAAGCUCAGCUUUUUCACUCUCAGAAUCCUGUUGGUGAUACUCAGAAUAUAUCACAGGAAACACAAGGCUCUGUUUUCCACAGUCCAAAUUCCAUUGUCCACAACCAGACCAGUACCAAUUCCCCAGACCAACUGCAGCCUCCAAUGUUCCACUCACAGAACACCAUGGGUGUAUUGCAAAGCUCUUCAGUUCCUCAAGACCAGCGGUCUGCUAACAUGUUCCUUUCCCAGAGUUCAGUGAGCAAUGCUGCAACUCAAGAACAGGUAUCAUUCUUUACAAGCCCAAAUUCCAUUUCUCCUCUUCAGACAGCAACAAACACUGAACAACAGACUUCUUUCCAGCGGCAGACACAGAUAUCUCAUAUCCAGGGUUCUAUGCUUCCCCAAGAACAGCCCCAGACUCAGCCUGCUCAGCAAGGUUUAUUUCAGUCUCAAGUAUCACUAGGCUCCAUCCAGUCCAGUUCAGUUCCUCAGAACCAACAAGGAACUAUCUUCCAGCCUCAGCAUUCAAUAGUUGCUAUUCAGAGUAAUCCUCCAGCUCAAGAACAGCAGCAGCAGCAACAGCAAAACAUGAUGUUCAGUAAUCAAAAUUCAAUGAGUACAAUUGCUUCUCAAAAGCAGAACAUGAUUUUCAAUCCAAAUCAAAACCCAGUUGCCAAUCAGGAGCAACAAGGCCAGUCCAUUUUUCAUCCACAGACUAACAUGACAUCAGUGAACCAGGAGCAGCAGCCCAUGCAAUUCCAGAGUCAGAGUACUGUGUCUUCUCUUCAGACUACUGGAUCCAGCCAGGCUGAAGCACAGCAACCAGCCAUCUUCCAUAACUCACCCCAGAUUCAGUUGGUCCAAAGGUCAUCAACUUCUCAAGAGCAACAAGUCACCCUCUUCAUCUCUUCAGCUUCCAUGUCUGCUUUACAGAACAGUAUGAGCCAGCAGGAGAUGCAGCAGUCUCCUAUGUACUCUUCUCAAAACAGCAUGGCAGGAAUGCAAGGAACUGCUUCUCCUCCACAGCAACAAGCUGCUUUAUUCCACAACGCAGCAGGAGGUGCUGUCAACCAGCUGCAGAAUUCUCCUGCUUCGCCUCAGCAAACAUCAGGAAUAUUCCUCUUUGGCAUUCAAAACAAUUGUGGCCAGCUGCUAACUUCUGCACCAGCGACAUUGCCUGAUGAGUUGAUGGCUAUAAGUCAGCCAGGUCAGCCACAGAGCAAGGGACAAGCAGCUGUGCCCACGCUUCUCUCCCAGCAGAUAUCUGAGACAUCUCCACUACCUUCAGCUAUGGCAACCAACCAGAAUAUUGAGAAAAUAGAUGAUCUGCUCAUGUCAUUGCAAAACCAGGGGAACAAUAUAGCUGGCUCCUUUUAAUUAGUCAAAAAUUCUGUGAAGAAAAAAGUGAUGAUUUCCCAGAUACUCUCAGACCUUCUGACUCUGGAUUAGUCUGUGUGGAACCAAUUGCUUCUGUCAAAGAGUGGCCCUCUUCUCUAAAGAGCACACACAUGGCCAAUUGCAGCAUCUAGCACCUAAGGCUCUGACCAUAGUAUUUGGGAUUUGUAGUGCAAAUAAUGCUGAAAAGCUAUGCUUUGUUUUACUAGGGCAUGGGAUUGUACCGUUACCAGAUUCCUAAACUUCAUUAACAGUGGCGUGCUCUUUGACUUUAAAGCAUAUCUGAUCAGCUAUUAUUGUUGUUAGAAGGUAAUACAUGUCACCAUAUUUACUUUUUUUUUUCCUCCUCUUCCUUCUUCACAUCCCCUCCUUUGACUGGAAAAGCUUGUGAAGCAGAAACAUCAAAUGCCUGUGCCAUGAGCCAUGACUCAUAGCUGUCAGUAAGUGAAGGGAUUGUUUUAGAAUUGAGUGGGAGAGCUAAUACUGUGAUUUGCUAAUUGCAGUAGGCAGCAAUGACAAAUUGAUAACUAUAAUCAGCUAGCAGAGAAUUGUUUGCUUCUGUAGAUAGCCAGAGGUGGGUGCUUCCCAUCUGCAGAUGUGAUUAAUCAUUUUCCGUGACUCUUAUGUGUAACUACAUGGAACAAGGGUUUGAUGGCUCUAAAAUGAAGACAUGAAGGGGAACUUUCAAUUAAAUUUUGUUCUUAAAAUCUUGUCCUCUAAAAUACCUUCUAAAGAACAUUCUGCCUGCCUGAGGAAAGAACUCCUCUGUCUCUCGCUCUGACUGGAUGGGUUAGAACUCUGUAAAGCUGCAUUAGUUGUUCUCAAACCAGUCUUCUCCCUUCAAUUCUUUUCAUGGUUUUCCUUCUCUCUUCUCCAGUUUCAUAUUGUGUUUUAAAAAAAGGCAUAAAUAUCUUACCGGCUUUAAAUGCCAGCAGCAACUUUUAGGAAUCUGUGGCAUUAAAUUGCUUAGUCAAUAGAAGCUUUGACAAAUAAUCAAGGAUUAAGGAGAGGGGAAGCAAUUUCUCCACCACCUUCUAAAUGCAGGAACCCCCCCUUAACCAGGUAUUUUCCAGCUAUUACUGAUGUAAAUCUUCAGCUUGACUUUACUCCAAGUUAGGGGGCAAAUUACAUCAUUUUUAAGCAUUCUGGAAAAUUUCACUUAAUCCUGAACUGUUGCAUCUUUGUAGCAUAUUGAGCUCACUGCAGUUUUGAAGUGACUAUUUUUCCCUACCAACAGUCCCCCAAAUCUAGUUUCUAGAUGGUCAUGUUUCAAUUUAAAAACUAAAAAAAAACAUUGACUGAUGUUACAGAAUGUAAGAACAACCCACUCCAGAUCAUGUGGUUGCAUUGUGAGGUAUGUGAAUUUUUUGGGUGCUCCAACUAUCCAGAAAGUUUUGUGAAUUCUCACUACAGCCUCAUUCAGAUCUUUGUUUCUUCUGCAUGUAGAAAGCUGUUACUGCCUUGAGACUCAGACAGCUGUCAUGUAUGGCGAUUAUGCCUUGAUAGAGUGUAGUUGGUAUCAUGUCAUUUUACAUUUUUGUUAUUUUAAAUAACAAAGACUAGUCUGUAAAUGGUUUCCUAAGUUUCUCUAGUCUGUUUACCAUGGUUUUUUUCCCUUAACUUGUGUGUGUAGUUGAGCCAUGUAGAGUUUUUGUUUGUUUAAUGGAUUUUCCCAUUUGUCAGUUUGUCCUGCCGUUCACUUUCUCUUUCUGUCUCUCUCUUUCUCUCUCUCAUUGAGAGGCAAUGAAUUACGUUUUCAAUAGUAAGGCUUCUUGCCGAUAUGAAGGGAACUUUUCAGAAAGAGACCUGCUCUGGGUCAUUUAAUUUUGAAUACAUUUUUCAAUCGUUCAGGUUUUGGAUGGUUUAUAUCUAACGUGUGUUUCAUUUUUUUUGAAAGCUAUAUUUUGUAUUUAGG